GUUCCAAAAAAGCCUAUUUGCCUGUGUUUUUCUGUGUAAUUUUUCUCAUGCGUGUUGAAAUAAAUUCAAAAACAUUAGGAAAAAUCCAAGAAAAAUUAGGAAAUUCAGAAGAAGACGUGUAGGCUAACCUCAAAGUUUCUUGGAAAGUUUUAGAAAGAUGACUGCGGAGGAGCAGCGAGUGAUGGUGAUCGGAGAGAUCAUCCAGGCACUCCUCAAAGCUCACCAUCAGGGAGUGGAUGUGAAUCUCAAUACUUUGAAAGCCAAUAUCACAUCCAAAUAUGGUCUGGAAAAGACUCCCAGACUCGUGGAUAUAAUAGCAGCAAUUCCCGACGAUGCCAAGACAAUUCUUCUGCCCAAAUUGCGAGCAAAGCCAAUCAGGACAGCCAGUGGGAUUGCAGUUGUGGCUGUUAUGUGUAAGCCCCAUCGAUGUCCUCAUAUCAAUUUCACGGGAAAUAUCUGCGUGUACUGCCCAGGAGGACCUGACAGUGAUUUUGAGUACUCCACACAGAGCUACACUGGCUUUGAGCCAACAUCCAUGCGAGCCAUCAGGGCACGAUAUGAUCCUUUUAUCCAGGCCUACAAUCGCGUGGAACAGCUCAAGCAGCUGGGCCAUUCCGUGGAUAAAGUAGAAUACAUUGUGAUGGGGGGAACUUUUAUGAGCUUGCCUGAAGAUUAUCGGGAUUACUUCGUCAGAAAUCUCCACGAUGCUCUUUCUGGGCAUUCGAGCUCAAAUGUGGCUGAAGCUGUGAGGUUUUCUGAGCGCUCGAAGGUCAAGUGCAUUGGAAUAACCAUUGAAACCCGUCCGGACUACUGUCUACAACGACAUCUCAGUGAUAUGCUGAACUACGGAUGCACUAGGCUGGAGAUUGGGGUGCAGUCAGUCUACGAGGAUAUUGCCAGGGAUACAAACCGAGGGCAUACGGUUAAGGCUGUCUGUGAGAGCUUCAACAUGUCCAAGGAUGCGGGCUUCAAGGUUGUCUCCCACAUGAUGCCUAAUCUCCCAAAUAUGGAUCUCGAGCGGGAUAUUGAGCAAUUUAUUGAGUUCUUCGAGAAUCCCGACUUCCGGGCUGAUGGACUGAAGAUCUAUCCAACUCUCGUGAUCCGGGGCACAGGGCUGUAUGAACUGUGGAAAACUGGAAGAUACAAAUCCUACCCACCAUCUACUCUAGUCGACCUCAUAGCCACAAUCCUCGCCCUUGUUCCGCCCUGGACCAGGAUCUACCGAGUCCAACGGGAUAUUCCUAUGCCGCUAGUGACCUCUGGAGUGGAAAAUGGAAAUCUCCGGGAACUAGCACUGGCCAGAAUGAAAGAUCUAGGCACAGCUUGUCGAGAUGUGAGGACACGUGAAGUGGGCAUUCAGGCCAUUCACAACAACAUCCAUCCAAAUGAAGUUGAACUCAUUCGGAGGGAUUACAUGGCCAAUGGGGGAUGGGAGACUUUCCUGGCCUACGAAGAUCCACACCAGGACAUCCUCAUUGGGCUACUGAGGCUCAGGAAAUGCUCUACGGAGACAUUCAGGCCAGAACUUCUGGGCAAUUGUUCAAUUGUCCGGGAGCUUCAUGUUUACGGAAGUGUUGUGCCAGUGAAAGCAAGGGAUCCCACAAAGUUUCAGCAUCAGGGCUUUGGGGUGCUACUGAUGGAGGAAGCUGAGAGGAUUGCUCGUGAAGAACAUGGUAGCUCAAAGAUUUCAGUGAUUUCGGGAGUUGGAACAAGGAAUUACUACCGAAAGCUGGGCUAUGAACUCGAUGGACCCUACAUGAGUAAAUCAUUGUUGUGAAUAUUUAUCACAUUAAUAAAAUAUAUAGAAACUUUGGAAAAA